GCUCCUAUUCUUGGCACAAUGGCUGGAGAGGGCAUGGCGGCGAGAGGAGCGGCGGCGAUGGGGCUGAUGUUCGUCGCCUCCAUCGCGAUUGUCAUCUUUGUCGUCACUGCUGAGUCGUCGGGAAAGGACACGACAGUGCUGAGCACUGACUGCUCUGUCGAUCCCUGGGCACCCGAGUGCCAUCAUGCUUCAAUGAUGGACAUGAUCAACAACAUCCGUCACCGCGCCAGGAGCAAUGCAAUCGCGCAGAAGAAGUUGAAAAUGCAGCUCCUGGCCGAGGAGAAAGCUGUCAUCAAGAAGCAGGAGGAGAAGCAGGCGAAGAAGCAUGCGUCUGCCAAGUCGGCCGCGCCUGACUUGAAGAGCACUGUCUACAAUGGUGUAGACAUUGCUUCCAAGAAAGCAAUUGACUCUAGUUUGACCAAGCUGUUGAAAAAGGGUGGAAAGGGGGCUGUCAUGAAGAAGGUUGAAGAAAUUCGGGAACAGAUUCUUGCUGAUUCUGGGAAAAUGUUUGGUUAUGGAAAGAAGGCUGGUUAUCUGCCGCCCCCUCCGCAUAAACUGAUGAAGCAGCUCGGAGGUUAGAGGAGCCUUUUGUACAUUAAUCUAGGGAAACUGUUAAAAUGAAGCUUGUCGAAUGGAUCC